UUAAAGAGCAUUUCUUGAUUGCACUAGUUUUAAAUGAAUGGUUAUAGCAUAAUAGACAAUAUUGUUCAAGAUUAACAUUAAGAAGCAAGUAUUAAUGCUACAUUUGUAGAAAUGCACUAUAAAUUAAUUAGUAAUUCAGGCACUAGAUGUGUGAAAGGGUUUUCUGAAGAAUAAACAAAACUAAAGAGGGUGAGAUUGAGAGGAGGGGAGGAGUUGUGAAAAUGAAUGGAAUGGUAUAAAAUAAUGUGAGACAAGAGUUGUGAGGACAGAUUGAAGACGGAAGUGCAAGAACAACAAUGUGGAAAUCAGGAUCUAUUAGCGUUCUGUUGCUGACUCUUUUUUUGAGGGGCGGCAACUUCUUAUCAAUGGAGAGAGGUUUUGCUGUCGAUCAUACUAAUGUCACCAAGCACUGCGUUAUGCCUAAAGCGUGUGGUGUGCAUGGCUUCACUGAUUGGUUCAAAGUGGGCCACCACUGUGUCAAAUACUUCAACACCCCUGCCAACUUCACUGAUGCUGAGUUCAUGUGUAGGACCAAAGCCCCUGGUGCUCAUCUGGUGUCAGUGCAUAAUAACAAGAAUAAUGGUUACUUGCUCUGCAUUGUGUCAAAGUUUAACCCAGGAAACCUACGCAUCUGGCUCGGAGGCUUUGAAUUCUUUAAGUCUGGUAAAUUUUUUUGGCUUGAUGGAUCCCUCUGGGAUUAUCAAGUUUGGACACGUGGUGAGCCCAACCACAUCUACACCGCCACGGAGGAAUGCGUGGAGAUGAACUGGAAAGAGGUUGGCAGGUGGAAUGACGACUCUUGUAGUGCCAAGAAAAGCUACAUCUGUGCCUUCAAACAACGUGGCAUGUUGGAAAAAGACCUGGAGUAGAUGGAGCAGUUUUAUCUGAGUGUUAUCCCAUUAAACUUAAAAUGAUUUUCUCUGCAUUAACAAAAACUAAAAAAAAAAAUAUAUAAAAACAAUUCUUUCUUAAAAUGAUAAUAAAGAACUUUUGCAAUUAAAA